AUGUCAAAACACAGAAAUAAGUUUAUUGCUGUAAUAGACAAGGCAAUGGCUGAUGGUAACAAAAUGGAACCCGAAGAUCUACUGUUUUUGUAUAAGCAGGUUUUGUAUCCAUCUACUAUUUGCAGCCCAGAAACCUUCAAAGCUCUUGAGUCCUUUGAAGCAAGGAAUGAUGAUGUGUUCCUAGCAGGUUAUCCCAAGUCUGGUACAAACUGGGUUGGUCAGAUCUUAACAGAUUUGGUAACAACAUCUGCAAAGCAUACUGAAAACUUUAAUAGCCUGGAGGAUGAUGAUGAUGAUGAACUGGAAGAAUUUCCGUAUCUUGAAGUUGGUGAUGCUGAAAAGUAUCAGAGGAUGGAAAAUUUACCUUCUAGAAGAGUUAUAUUUACACAUCUUCUUCCAAACAAUCUGCCAGCAUCUGUUUUUAAGAGAGAGGCCAAAAUACUACUGCUGAUUAGAAAUCCCAAAGAUGUGGCUACUUCUUUCUACCAUUUUUCCAAUGGAUUGUCUCCUCUUCCUUCUUACAAGACCUUCGAUGAUUUUUUUGCAGAUUUUAUGAAGGGAAAAAUGCCAUGGGGCUCUUAUUUUGACUAUGUUUUUGAAUGGAGCAAGCACGCAGAUAGGAAAAACAUAAUGACAAUAACAUACGAAGAACUGAAAGAGAAUAGGGCAUUGGGAGUGAAACAAAUAAGUGAAUUCUUUGAACUGCAUUUAUCUGAUGAAGAGAUUCAAGGGGUUGUAGACAGAAGCAGUUUUGAGGCAAUGAAAGAAAAUUCUGCAAGUACUCAUGGUGCAUUGGGCAGUGUCCUUUUCCGUAAAGGCAGUGUUAGUGACUGGAAGAACUUCUUCAGUGAAGAUCACAAUCAGAAGAUGGAUAUGAUAUUUGAAGAACGCUUAAGUGGGACAAAACUGGGAGAAAGGUUGAAAUAUGGAGUUUAUUGUAAACCCUGA